AUGCCUGGGAAGGGUCAUAGAAGGGACGGUUCGAAGAAAUUAUCCCUCUCCUCCAAGGCCUCCGUUGUGGACCCAGCUCUUAUAUCUCGGGCCAAAUCUUCUGGAGAUUCGAAUGAGAGCUCUUCUACUGCUGUGCGACCCCGACCACGCUCCAAAACCCUCAGUGCCAAACCAUUGAUCGAUCUCACUGCCAAUGCCCCCCCAAUUCUGAAAAGAAGCGCAACUACAAGAGUGAGUGAACCAGGAGCUAGACAGCCGUUGCCGAACGUCUUUGAAUUCCUAGAUAAGGACGAUUCAGAGGAUCCCAGUGCGCAUUGGGCCCGGGCUAUGAGUGCGAGGCAGUCAUCUACCACCUCUUCACCAUCCAAAACUUCGAGACGGCAAUCUAUUGCAUCUUGUAGCUUCACCUCGGAGCCAGGAUUAUCGCUUAGGGACCACAGUCCUGAUCGGGCUUCAUCGUCUUCUUCCACUGAAUACCAGCCCGCAACACCCCCUGAUAUCUCUCUAGAUAACCCCAGCUGGAAACUUGCAGAUGAAUUCCAAACGCGCCGCCGCCUCCAGAUGGCUGGAGCGUACAUGACCGAUACAGAAACGAUGUUGGAAAGCCCUACAUCUCCUGGCCCUGGAUUUUUUGACCUCCCAACCCCUGAAUCAUACUACAUCCAACAAAAACACUCCUUUUCCCCGACACCUCCAAAUACCGCCAUCCAUCCUUCAUAUCAAUAUCGUCGGAGUUUCGAUAUGGGCAAAUUGAAUAUAAGUAAGAGCAAACAGCAAGGACGGGCUUCCGUGCAGUCAGAUUCCAAACGAAGCGAGUCACGAGAUGGCGACCACCCAUUACUGUAUCGAAAGUUUGAGUCAUUGAACCAUCGCUUGCUGCACCAUCUCCAGGAAGAAAUCGCGCAGAUGGAAGAGGACCUCUCCAUCCUUGACGAAGUCGAAGAGGUACGACGAGUCGCCGUCAAUGUUAGAAAUUCUGGAAGGCAGAAGCUGCUGUCAACCAAGCAUCAGGACCUUCAGUCUGAGGAAUUAUCAGCUCUUCACCAGAGGAAGCUUGAACUGGUUGAAAAACUAGUGCUGAAGACGGAGCAAUAUAACCGUGCUCUCUGCUCAUAUCGUGAGGUCUCUCGCAAACUACCCACUGCCACGACCGACGAGGUCGACGCCUACCGUACUUGGAUCCAUGAGAAUUCCUCGUCGUCCAAGUCUGAUCUGAGGUUCCUCGCCAAUGAUAAUGACCUCAUUCUACUCGGGGACCGUUCAGCGUCCGCCCGCUCCCCGAAUCCAAUAUAUUCUACAAUUGCCACAGCUUCAGCUGCCAUCCUGUUCCCACUUCUUGCCUUUGGUGUUAUUUCCGAGUUCUUUGGUCGCAUUGCCGUCGUAUCCAUUGUUGGAGGUGCGACGGCUUUGUUUGCAUCAAAUGGACCAGCUGGUCAUGAAUAUUUGAUCGAUCCACAUGAUGGGUGGAGAUGUGCCGCACUGUAUUUCGGCUUCAUGGCUGCAGCAGCCAUCAUUAUUUAA